AUGAGCACCACCACUGCCACUGAAAUUCCCGAGCAAGCCCUACAAUCCGCAACCACAAAACCUACAAUGACGACAUCUUCUCCCAGCAGCAGCAAGAGCGGCGCUCCGUUUGAUUUGGAGACAACCUUGACGUAUGACAGCAUCGAAUAUUGGGCCAAGAAAGAUCCCAAACGCACAGCCCUCGUCAUCACAGACAAACAAUGGCAAGUGGACAAAGAAGCAAAAUUGAAGGGAAAACACACC